GUCGGAGCGCUGUGUGUGAUGUCGCUGAACGCGUGGUUGCAGUGCCGCGGUCGGAGCGCUCUCUCUGCGGUUCCACAGCAAUAAAAAAAAGAAAGAAAAACGCGUGAGGUGAACAAAAGGACAGGAGCUCCAUGAUAAAGGACUGUAUCUUGGAGAAAAGUGGCUGGCCGGAGCCCGUCAGCAUGCGGGUCCUGUUGAGCGUCCUGUACCCGGUCCUUUCCCUCACCAUCUUCGGAUUGUAUCCCUCUAUGACUAUCGGUCCAAAGGAGGGCUGGCAGGUGUACAGCUCAGCCCAGGAUGCUGAUGGGCGCUGCAUCUGCACAGUGGUGGCACCAGAACAAAGCCUGUGCUCUAGAGACGCCAAGAGCAGACAGCUCCGCCAGCUACUAGAGAAGGUGCAGAACAUGUCUCAGUCCAUUGAGGUGCUGAACCUGCGCACUCAGAGGGAUUUCCAGUAUGUCAUGAAGAUGGAAAACCAGAUGAAGGGUCUGAGAACCAAGUUCAGACAGAUUGAGGAUGACAGGAAAUCCAUCAUAGCCAGAAAUUUCCAGGAGCUUAAGGACAAGAUGGACGAGCUGAAGCCGUUGAUCCCUGUGUUGGAGCAGUAUAAGAUGGAUGCUGCACUCAUCUCUCAGUUCAAGGAUGAGAUCAGAAACCUGUCUGCGGUGUUGACAGGCAUACAGGAGGAACUUGGGGCGUAUGACUACGAUGAGCUUUAUCAGCGAGUCCUGCGACUAGACAGUCGGCUCCGCAGCUGUAUGGGCAAGCUGACGUGUGGGAAAUUAAUGAAAAUCACUGGACCUGUUACAAUAAAGACAUCUGGAACCCGGUUUGGGGCAUGGAUGACUGAUCCUCUCGCAUCAACCAGAAACAACAGGGUUUGGUAUAUGGACAGCUACAGCAAUAGCAAGAUUGUACGUGAAUACAAGACAAUGGAAGACUUUGUAGCAGGGGUGGUUUCUCGAACCUACAGCCUCCCCUUUAAAUGGGAGGGAACAAAUCACAUGGUCUACAAUGGAUCGCUUUAUUACAACAAGUACCAGAGCAACAUCAUUGUCAAGUAUAACUUCGAGACGGGCAGCGUGCUGGCCCAGCGAGCUUUGGAAUUUGCCGGCUUCUACAACAUGUACCCAUAUACGUGGGGGGGAUACUCUGACAUCGACGUCAUGGCUGAUGAACUGGGAAUGUGGGUUGUGUACGCAACCAAUCAAAAUGCUGGAAAUGUUGUCAUCUCUCAGAUCGACCCUGACACUCUGCAGGUCCUAAAGACUUGGACCACCGAAUAUUCCAAAAGGAACGCAGGUGAAUCUUUCAUGAUCUGCGGGACACUUUAUAUUACUAAUUCUCACCUGUCGGGAGCAAAGGUUUACUACGCUUACUCUACCAAGACUUCAACCUAUGAAUACAUAGACAUUCCUUUCCACAACCAGUACUUUCACAUCUCCAUGCUCGACUACAAUGCCAGAGAGAGGGCGCUGUACGCUUGGAAUAAUGGGCAUCAGGUAAUAUUUAAUGUGACCCUUUUUCAUGUCAUAAAAACUGAUGAUGAUUCUUAAGUGUGAUACUUUUCAACUACAACUACAGCACCAUCGUUUGUGAUACAAGGACCUCCUUAUUGACCAUGUUUUCUUCUAUUUGAAAUGGACUGUGGUUUCUUUACUUCGCAUUACUUGAACUUUUCUAAUUUUUGCCUCUGGAUUCUUGGCUGACUUGAGCAUGGACUUUAAUGCUUUACUGAAAAACAUGCUAUACAGUUUAUACACAUUUCCGUUGCUGCUGAUCAGACUAGUAUGCCUUAUUUGCUAAGUGUCAGGUCUGCCAGCACAAGACGCUUUUGCAUGAAUGUUAACAUUUUGUCCACAGUGAUUUGCUAUGACAUGACUGUGUUUUGUUGCAAAAUUGUUACUUGCUUUACAUACAGUGUUUGCUUUCUUUGUCUUAUUAAAAUUCUAUUUAAAAGUAUUUAAACCUUGAAAGUAACGUAUUAAUGAUUGUAAAAUGUAGUUGCCAUUCUUUUAAAGAUGGCCCUGUAAGAUAUUAUUGUUAUGUAUGUCUCUGUGGAAGAACAUUUGUAUUUUUUAUAAAACCAAAACCAUGAGACGAUAUCGGCGCAUUUUCAUUAAAACGAAUUAUUGUACAUUUCAUUCAAAUUAUUUUGUCUGCUAAAAAUGAAUAUCGCCCCUGAUCUGAUGAAGAAGCAGUCAGCACCCUAGUCUAGUCAUUCGGCUUAUUCCAAUCAGGAAACAAUGCAUCCCACAGUGGAAGCCAUUUGCCUUGUUUGGUUUGUGUCCAUCAUAGGCAUGCAGUAUUCAUAUUAGCAUAUGAGCACUCAUCUAAAAGAGUUUGAGGUAUGCUGCAGAUGACUCUCCCUUUUGAAACCCAACCUGUAUCAUCUUAAACAGGACAAUUUGAUCAAAUGACUUCUCCUAAAAGGUGAUGGAAAAAUAGAAGUAUAGUACUGCACACAAGUCUUAACCUUCCUGCCUUCUUGGGACCUUUUUGUGCCACUGC